AAGAGAGCUAGAACCAGAAUAACAGACGAACAACUGAGCAUUCUCAGAGCACAUUUUGAUAUAAGCAAUUCUCCAAACGAUGAUCAAAUUGCAGAAAUGGCUGUAUCAACACAGCUACCCCCAAAAGUAAUAAAACAUUGGUUUCGAAAUACUUUGUUUAAAGAAAGGCAG